AUGUCGUCCCCGGCACCUCUUCUCAGGCCUCCGGUGCCAGGGGCUCGCAGCAACAGCGGCUCCAGAGCACCGCGCCUGACCCUUGGCAUCCCUCCCUCGCCGAACAUGAAGCCCGUCAAUCCUUCAAACGAAGAUCCACGCAUAUCAGACAUUCCCCUCCCUCAGCCGUCGAGCCGCCCCGGUCCGCCUCAGCUUCGACUGGCAACUCCCAGAGUCAACCACAGCAACCCUCACCCGCCGCCCGUUCAAUACAUCCCCGCCCCCUCAACCAGCAGCGAAGGCGUGUCUGCAUCUGGAAAUGCCACUACACGCCUCGACGGCAAGGCCAGCGGCCCCGGCAGUGCCUCUUCUUCAUCCUACUCGACCUUGUCGUUCGCCAUGGGACUGCGCCAGCCGGCCAGUGGCACUCCCGACCCGUCGUCGGCAAUUAGUUCUGUCUACUCGGACAGAGACAGCGGUGCCACAACCGAGAGGGAGAACGGUGUCGGCGGAUUGUUGACCGAUCUGGACAAAUUGGGCUUGGAGAGGGACCGGCCCCUUGAUGUCGAAGACCUAGAUGAUGAGGGUUGGUUGGCCGCGAGCGAGUCAGAUAGAAUCUUGGAACUUGGCAGCCUAGGAGAAGGUGCAGGCGGUGCAGUGACUCGUUGUAGGCUGAAAGAUGGAAAGACCGUCUUUGCCUUGAAGAUCAUCACGACCGAUCCCAAUCCCGAUGUCAAGAAACAGAUCAUCCGAGAACUCAACUUCAACAAAGACUGCGCUUCCGAACAUAUCUGCCGCUAUUAUGGUGCAUUCAUGGAUAAAUCCACAGGCACCAUAUCUAUCGCUAUGGAGUUCUGCGAGGGAGGCAGUCUGGAUACUAUCUACCGUGAAGUCAGGAAACUUGGCGGACGAACCGGAGAAAAGGUUCUGGGAAAAGUCGCCGAAGGAGUCCUUAAUGGCUUGACUUAUCUUCAUAGUCGAAAGAUCAUCCAUCGAGAUAUCAAACCGUCCAACAUUCUGCUGUGCCGAAAUGGACAGGUCAAGCUUUGUGACUUUGGAGUCAGCGGAGAAUUCGGUACGAAAGGCGAUGCCAAUACCUUCAUUGGCACAUCCUACUACAUGGCCCCCGAAAGAAUCACAGGCCAGUCUUACACGAUUACUUCUGAUGUAUGGUCAUUGGGCGUCACGCUACUUGAAGUUGCUCAGCAUCGCUUCCCGUUCCCUGCAGAUGGAACUGAAAUGCAGCCCCGAGCUGGCUUGAUUGACCUCCUGACAUACAUUGUUCGCCAGCCAAUACCGACAUUGAAAGAUGAGCCUGCAUGUAACAUUCACUGGACUGAUAACUUCAAGUAUUUCAUUGAAUGCUGCCUCGAGAAAGACCCUCCGCGAAGGGCCACGCCGUGGCGGAUGCUGGACCAUCCAUGGAUGCAGGACAUCAGGAACAAAAAGGUCAACAUGGCCAAUUUUAUUAGGAAGGUAUGGGGUUGGAAGAACUAG